AUGACGAUAGUAUCUGAUAGACUUCCAUCUAUGAAAAAUAGUAAAAAUCUAUCGAAAAUCUAUUUAGUGACUGGUGGGGCUGGUUUUGUUGGUAGUCAUUUGAUUGAUCGACUUUUAGAAUUCGAUGUUGGAGUAAUUUUAUUAGACAAUUUCAAUGAGUAUUAUUCAUCAAAAAUCAAACGAAAGAAUGUUGCUUUAUUACAAGCUCGUCAUCCACAUUCAGCAUUCGUUAUAAUUGAAGGAAGUAUUAAUGAUGUACAAUUGCUCAAUACAAUUUUUUCAACAUAUCAAAUAACCCAUAUUGCUCAUCUUGCAGCAUUACCUGGUGUUCGUUCAACUGCUUAUCAUAUAAAUCAAUAUGUUGAAACGAAUUUUAUCGGUACUCAACUACUUCUUGAAGCAGCCUCUUCAUUACAACGAUUACCACAAUUUGUUUUUACUUCAACAUCAAGUGUUUAUGGACAAACAAAUAAUGUGCCAUUUAUUGAAACAGAUUCCUGUGCUCAACCUAUUUCACCAUAUGCAGCAAGUAAACGAUCAGCUGAACUUAUUGCUCAUGUCUAUCAUAGAUUAUAUUCGCUCAAUAUAACAAUUUUACGACUUUUUAAUGUUUAUGGUCCACGAGGUCGACCUGAUAUGAUGCCUUUCUUACUAAUGAAUGCUUGUAUUGAUCCAUCUCGUAUAGUUGAUGUUUAUGAUAAUGGUGAAAUACAACGAGAUUGGACAUAUAUUGAUGAUGUUAUUGAUGCUAUAAUUGCUGCUCUUCAACGACCACUUGGCUAUGAAAUUAUUAAUAUUGGUUAUGGAACUCCUAUUAAAUUAACAAAAUUUAUAGAUCAAAUGCAACAUGUAUCAAACAGACAGAUUCGUACACAAAUGAAAAAAUCACAUCGAACUGAACCUUCAAUUACCCAUUGUGAUAAUACUAAAGCACGUAUAUUACUGGAUUUUGUUCCAAAGACAAAUGUAUCCGAAGGAGUGAAAAAGACUUGGCUCUGGUUUCAACAAGAAUAUGGUGUUAACAAGAAAUAUUUCUCUUAA